AUGUGUCCUGCCACCUCUGCCGAGCUCGAAAGGUAUGGAUCUACCGAGACUGCAUUUAGGAUGAAUGCACACCUUGGAAACUAUGAGUCGUCUAAUUGUCAGCAGACUAGGUGCAGCGGAGAGCCAACGGGCUGCGACAAGUGUGUCGCCAUUGGCGCUGAAUGCCAAUACCCAAGUCGACCCUCUCGCCGAAAGAAACGAUCUCGAUCAGCAUUCCAAUCUUCUCAACAAGAUGCAACUAUCGGCGAUGGCACAAACCAGGAACCGAUGAAUAAAGAAACCUAUUCAAACCCCAACGACAGCUCCAUUGGUGCCACGGCGGAUAAUAUGAUAAAUGGUGUUGUGGAUGGUCAUCAAGCUCCCUCAAGCACAACCACAAAAGACUUAAUGCUGUCAGCGACGAACUUGUUUGACUUUGACGACGAAGCCGAUGGAGAUGCACAGCAUCUCGAGCAUUGGCUAACCUCGGGAACUAAUGCACAGGCGGAGGCGGAAGCUCCUAGCGCCUCGGCACGUUCAGCUAUGCUGGAUGCGUGGCCAGACCUCGGUGCUCUCUCCUCUGGGACGUUUGGGGAAGUCAGUCAGCAUUGGGAUCCCCUCACCGACGAUCAACUGCCGUCGGGCAGUUAUCAGAGACAACUAAGUGAAGCUGAAGAGGACACCAACGAACCAGCUAAUGGUAUCCCAAAUGAUAUUCCAUCUAUGGCCAUGGAAUCUGUUCUGGCAUCACUGAGUGCCGCUCUGGCAUCUCCUAGACCCCGUCCGCCUGGAGGCUCCAGCAGCCGGAGUGAAAGCCUUGACCAGCAUAGAAGUGGGUUCGAGAACCCCAACUCAUCAGCAUCUUACCGACCGCCAAGGGACUCGAGGAAGAAUCCUUGGCCGCCAUCGUCGUCAUCCUCCUCUCUUUCCAGGGCCAACAGCAAUAGCCACGGUUCCAUGCCACUUUCUGCACCCGAUGUUCAGCGUAGAUCGAUAGCCCAGACCUUGAGCAACGCCAACCGUCACAGGACAUCGGGCCCUCAAUCUUCUGUGUCAGCAUCAGCCUCAUCCUCAGUGUCCGCCGGGGCCGGUGCUGCAGGUAGUGUUGGUAGAGCAGCCUCUACUAAUGUACCAUCUCAACAGAGGGAAAAUUGCCGAUGUGCAAAGUAUUCGGCUGCUUUGUUGGAGCUGCUGGAGGAACUGGGCGCCAAUAUGGGUCUCACACGGAACCCUGCAUCAAUGGGGGUUCUGCUUGGACUGUUGCGGAGUGCACUGGCGAGAUGCAAAGAGGCAUUGGAAAAAGAGCCAUGCAGGGCGUGCAAGGGAAGCAGUCAGACUGAAAGGCUCAUUCUUCUCACCCUUUUGUUGCAGUUUAUGAGUAACAUGUAUGAGCGUGUAGUUGAGAGCUGUGUGGCAAUGAUUGAUGACAUGGUUAAUGAGAACCACGAAGAUACAGCUCCCCAGUAUCUGGUUGGCUCGACUCCUUCUCCUAGAUCAACCAGUAAUCAACCACUCGGCGGGGGAAUGGACGACAUGGACUAUGCACAAGGGCAAAGGAGGGACGCCGUGCAAGGGUUGGCGCGCGCACCCGAUGAUGCAAUGGAGGACUUGUGGUUCUCAACAUAUCAUAUUCAGAGUAGCUGCGAGCGUCUGCAUGUUCUAACCACACUGGUAACGGUUCAGAUUACAGAACUCUCAUAUCUUUUGGGUAAUCCCAAACUACGUGCGGGUGGCAGACAGAACCAACUCGCGAUUUUGGCCUCCAUUGAGAGAGUAACUAGCUCCUCUCGACGUAUGUUGCGAACGAGCAUUGACAGAGCUAUUGCUAGCAAAGAAAAGCACUGA